GGAAGGGAAACUACUGGACCUUAGAUCCCAACUGUGAGAAGAUGUUUGACAAUGGGAACUUCCGUCGCAAACGCAAGCGGCGCUCUGAGCCCAAUGCCCCGGCUACCACAUCUGUGGCCUCCUCUCUGGGGGGCUUGAAGGCCGAGGAAGAGCGACCCAUCCCAGCUGCAGGCAAACCGUGUGGAAACAGCCCACCCCCAGAGCUGGACCCGUCGCCUUCUGCCAGGGACCAUCCAAAAAGCUCCUCUCCCUCCAGUAUCAUUUCAUCCACCCCUAGCUGCCUCAGCACCUUCUUCAGUGGCAUGAGCACCCUGAGCAGUGGAGGCAGCCGGCUGACAGGGGGUCUCGGCAGUGACCUGCAUCACAGGAACUUCUCUGCCGGACAGCUGAGCAGUGGCACUUUCACCCCUUCCAGCAGCUCUUCUCAGGAGGUGCCUUCACCAGACCAGCUUCAGCGGGUUGCGGGACCUUCCCCCGCUUACUACAGCUCCUUCCAUCCCAGCAGCAGCAGCCAGGGAGCCCAGUACAACCACUACUACAACUUCACGGUUAACAGCCUCAUCUACACCCGGGAUGGAACGGAGGUGUAG